ACACACAUAUAAACUCAACAUAAUAAAAUCUGUCGAUAAACUUAAAGAGGGGGACUUCAACAAGCCUUCAGUUUCAUUAUUCAAUUUGAAUCAUUGAACGCAUGAAAUAAUCAUAGCUGUUAGUCAGUAGCCAAUCGCGUGUAAGCUGGUCAAGUACACAUAUUUGUAACAGGAGAAAAUUAUGAUGCCAAGAACAUUAACAAUAUAUAUUUUACUAAAAGUGUUAAUAUUAACGAGAACAACUAUUACGUUCUCAAAAGAUCUAGAGAACUUGGAGAAUCUUGAGAAUUCGGAUAUCCCAUUCUUCGAGUUCAUCACAAUUCAUGAUUACGUGUCAUCAAAAAUCGACUCUGUCCAGAAUUAUUCUGACAAUGUGACUGUGCAAAAUAAAGUCGUGCUCCAGGAAAGCAGUAUACUAGAAAGCAUUCCAAGCGAACCGACAUCUCCUAGAGCAUUCGUAGAAUUUGGCAAUAGACUAACUGAGAAAGACAUUUUUGUGACAUUCAGAUGGAACGAACCUAAAGUGACAAUUGGAAAGAUACAAAAAUAUAGUGUCCAAUAUUGGUUCGAGGACCUAAAUCAAACAAUUAAAAUCAUUAAUAUUUUCCCAUUGUCAAAUAGAAUAUUGCAACAUAAAAUAUGCGAUUUAAAACCUAAUACAACCUACUAUUUCAAAGUACGAGCACAUAACAAAUUUGGUGCUGGUCCUUACACUAAGUGCAUCAACGUGUCAACCACACAUGAGAAUCCGAUACCUCUAUUACUCGAAAUGCCGAUGGAUAUACAAAGUGUGAAUGUAUUGGAUAUAGAUUUUCGGAUCGGCUUUAAACUUCCUGUACGCGUUAAAUAUAAAGAAAUCGUUUACUCGGCAUUGGAACAUAAAAUUUAUGGGAUUACUGACAAUUCAGAGCUAAUAACAUCGGACUUUAAUCAAAACGAAAUCAAAGCUAAUCUAAAAUACACAAAUAUAACAAAGCUCGACGUUACUGCGAACAAUCUCUGCAUUGAUUGGAUUCGUAGAAAUCUUUAUUGGCUACAAAUUAAAAUGGACAACCUCUACAUUAUGAAGCUAGACUUAACUUUGUGGGAACAAAUGAGCAUGAACAAAUCAGAUGAAAUCAUAACAAAAUCUCUAAUAUCUUCAAGAAUAUAUUCUUCUCUCUUUUUAGUAGCACUGCCAUAUACAAGAUAUUUAUAUUGGUCAGAACUUAAUUCGGACAAAAAUGAAAAUAUCAUAAUGCAAUCGGACUUCAAUGGAAAAAAUAUAAAAUCCUUUUUAGAAGACCAUAUAUGUCAAUACAAACUAGAAUUAUCAUCCUCCAUGCAGAUUGACACAACGAAUGUCGAUAAGCCACUAAUGUAUUGGAUAUUGGAAAAUAAUUUAUUCGUAACGAAUAUUAAUGGUUCCAAAUGUAACCUCAUUUUAAGAGCUACAAAUAAAACAUAUUUCGAUGAUUUAACAAUUGAUAAGAUAAAUAUUUAUUUAUACAAUAAUUUUGACAAAAUAAUCUAUAUAAUAAAAAAAAGGUAUGCUCUUCUCGAAAGCAAGGAAAACGCAUUUGAAAGUGUCGAAAAAAUAAAUAUGCAAGGUAUCAAUACUAAUAUGUAUCAUCGAUUAAUAGCUCUUGAUAAAUCUUUACAAUUAUAUCCCCCGACGAUAUGUCUGACACCUAAAAUGGAAGAAUAUCGUGUUGAAAAAGUGCUUUUAAACGCGAACAGUAUCGAGGUGAGUCUUCCGGAACCGAUUCUAAAUGUUGGAUGCAAAAAGUACAACUUAGCCACCACAAUAUAUCACAUUUCCGUGAGUUAUUUAACAUGUUUGGACAAUGACAGUAUUCAAAUUGAGCAUUUUACCGUCAAGACGUAUGAACGGCAUUACGAAAUCCAGAAUUUAACGCCAUUCACAGAAUACACGUUGAAAUUGGCAUUGAGCAAUUUUUACGCCAACAAGUUAUUGAUGAGCUUAUUGCAAUUCGGAUCGAAUGUCAUACUGAAAACUAUCCCGGGCAAACUCAACGCCCCGGAAGAUGUGACAGUUCAAGUUCUAACGCCUACUUUGGCGAUAAUCCAUUGGAUGCCACCCAAGAAAUUAAACUGCGUGGCCGUGAAUUACGAGGUGUAUUGGUUGCUAUUUCCAAAUAGUACAAAAAAAAUAAGUUAUCAACUUGACAAAAAACUGAUAAAUAAACCGAACCGUACGGUAAAUGGAAAGCUUUUCACGAUAAUCAAAUUGCUGCCAAGACAUAAUUAUCAGAUAUAUGUACGUGUAUAUCCAACCAAUUUCAGCCAUUUAUUCGAAGAUAGUUUAAUUAAAACGGUUUACAUGUCGGAACCGAAUAAUUUAAAUCUGAAUGGAGUCAGUACAAACAGUAUGAAUAUCUCGUGGAUAUCUAGCAUUAAUCUGACGAUUCACACUAAAUUCCGUUCCAUACUGGAAUACAAAAACGAUACGAUGCGAGAGUGGCAAAUCGCAAAUAAUAGCGAAAGAAAUAAUAAUACAAUAACAUAUUAUAUAAAGAAUUUACUGCCGCGAACUGUAUACAAUUUCCGUUUGAUCCUGAGAUAUCCCGAAUACAUGAACGAUUUUGUAUGGCCUGAAAAAGGAUUCAAUUUUGAAACGCUUGGUAAUGUACCAAGUGCUCCUGGGAUACUUAUGGUAACAAAACUUCCAAAUUUGACGUAUCAGUUGAAUUGGGAACCUGCGCAAGCUCAUAAUUCACCAGUGAUUUUGUAUAGACUGGAAGGUUUAAUUAUCAAAAAUAAUUAUAAAGAAAGCAAUCAGACUGACAAAAGCAAUUAUUGGAAUUUGUACUAUAAUGGAACAGAUAAUUACUGGAUAACUACGAGAUACAUGAAUCAGAAAUAUCGAUUUCGCGUGCAGGCUAAAAACGCUUAUGGCUUUGGAAAAUGGAGCGAAUCAAGAAUCGUCGAUUUAACAGAAUCUAUGGAAAUAUUAAUUUUGCAAUACAUAGCAUUAAUAUUAAGCCUUGUCGCUACCAUCGUAAUCUGUAAUGUCUACUACUUUUACUGUUCAUACCGAGAAAAAAAUAAACGAGUAAAUCUGUCUUCGACAAGCAAUAUCGAAUUAAUAACUAAUUAUAAAAAAUUUUAUGGCAAUAACUCUGAAACCAAUCCUGUGCACGAUUCUAAACUGCAACAUGAUCGGGACGCAUUUGCACGAAUAGGAAUAAUCAAAAUAAAUAAAAUUAUUUUAGAAAAGUUUCUGGGCAGUGGUGCAUUUGGAGAGGUAUAUCAAGGAACUGUCAAAAAUUUUAAAGACUCGGACAGAACUGUUGCCAUAAAAAUGCUACCAGAUAAUGCUACCUCGCAACAGGAGUAUGAAUUCUUGAAAGAGGCCACCCUUAUGAGCGACUUUGACCACAAACAUAUACUAAAAAUUUUUGGCAUCUGUGUUGACAUGAGUUCACCAUGGCUCAUAUUGGAAUUAAUGGAAGCUGAUGACUUGCUGACUUAUUUGAAAAAGAGUCGGACAUUGGUAUCGUCAAAUCCGCACGCUUUGCGUUUACAAGACUUGCUUGCCAUGUGCGAAGAUAUUGCUCGGGGUUGUCGCUACUUAGAAGAACAGCACUUCGUGCAUAGAGAUCUCGCGUGUCGAAAUUGCUUAAUAUCGGCGAGAGAUCGCGAACAUCGUAUUGUCAAAAUAGGCGGCUUCGGACUAACGAGAGAUAUUUACGAAAAAGACUAUUACCGCAUGCAAAUGGAAGGAAGAACUCCGCUUCCUAUUCGCUGGUUGGCGCCGGAAUCUUUGAGAUAUCGAAAAUUUACUUCAAGAAGCGAUGUUUGGGCAUUCGGGGUAGUAAUGUGGGAAAUUACAUCAUUGGGCCGAAUGCCCUAUUUUGAUAAGAAUAAUAUUGAAGUAUGCCAAUUUGUGUGUACGGGAAAUACACUAUCGAAACCUCUUGAUUGUCCACCGGAAUUGUAUCAGCUAAUGCUAAAAUGCUGGAAUGUGGCGACAAAAAGACCAAAAUUCAAACAUUGUUUCGAAAUUAUCGAAAUUCUAAGAAAUGAAAUAGAAGACGCGAUGCUAAGUUCGAUGAAUAUUAUCAGACAUGUACAGAAUCCGCGUUCUGAAGCACCAGAUUAUCUUCAGAUAAUAUCUGAAUCUGAUAGCAGACCUCAUUGAAAACAUAGCCUGUACUUCCGAACGCUUAACUAUUUGAUGCCUUAAAUGGUAUAGAAUCUUCAACAUAAUCGCUUUCUUGGCUAAGCAACUUUUCAAAUCUUUGAUCGACAUUUAUAAUCAAUUUUACCGUCAUCGAUAGCUACGGUGAUCAUAUUUUUUAAGAGAAAAUAAAGAUCAAAUUUUUGAAAAUUUUGGAUUUUGUUUCAACAUGUUUUUUUCAAAUCAGUUUGCGGCCAAAGUGGAGAGAUCGACGAGCGGAAAAAAGUUAUUCUGUGGCUAUCAGAGAAGUCUACGUUCUUAUUCUUAUAGUUUGAAACUAACUCAACUUACUAUGUUGAAACAAACCCUUUGGUCUCUUAAAUAGAUUCCGGAUUAAAAAUAAAUUUCUUUAAAUAAAGGACAAAGAUAAAUUUUGGAAAAAUGGAAAAUCUGAAAGAACAACUAUUUGAAGUAAAGAACUGUCCUCUAAAAUAAAGGACGGAUGGUUACUGUAUCUAUAGACACUAUAACUAAAUACGAUAUAAUAUGUAAUAAUUUUUUUAAUCGUGCUUUUUAUAUUUAUCAUCAAUAAUUGUCCUCUGUCUUCAUCUAAUUAAAAAAAGUCAUAUUGUAAAUUUUCUUAUUGUUGUUAGUAAGCACUCGAUCGAGAUCGACCAUUGAAUCAAGAUAGACAUUGAAUUAGAUUCAGAGAUAAAGUAUAUACAGUAAAAUAGACAGAAAAUAUAUAAAAGAUGAAAAAUAUAAUAGAAAAAUAUGUUUGUAGUCUUACAAAUAUUCAAUAAAUAUGUUUAAGAUAAGUUUAAAUAUUCGACAAUACUUGCGUAAUUUACUUGCACAAUAACUCUAACACAUUUAGGCUAAUUCGAAUAUACACUCCUCAAAAUAAUUAAGGGAUAAAAAAAUUGUCCGAAACAUAAGCAAGUUUUAAAUAGCUGUAACUUUGUUUCAAAAAAUGAUAAUUUAAAUUUCAAAAAAAAGUUUUAAAGCUUGAAAUCUUUACUUUCGAAAGAUCAUAGGUCUUUUCAUUUUCUUCAAUUCUGAUAUUUUUUACAUACAGAAAAGGACAAACAUAACAAAAUGGAAAAUUUUUUCUCACUUUGUAAACAUGUCGCAUACACAAGAAGAUUUGAAAAAAAUUUUGACAUUUUCACGUUAAAGCAUGAAAUUUUCGUUGCAAAAUCGUUUUUUAAAAUUUAAAUUUCGAUCUUUUCUUAUCAAGUUAUCGCAAAUUGAAGAAAAAACGUUAUUUUCACUUUGAUCUUUCAUAACUCCGUUAAAAAUCAUGGUACAACAAUUUUAAGAAUGGAUUCUUAAAGCUGAAUCUUUGCUCUAUAAUGUGAUAUAGAGAUAAUUUUUUUGGACAAUUUUUUUGCUUAUU